AUGAACGUUCUCUGGCAGACGCUACGACCCCAUGCUGGGCCAUCUACCCGACUAACGCGGGCUCUUGCUACCAUCACACGGCCGGUCCCAAACCCUACCACCACCAUAUCAACACCAGAGUCGUUCUUGAAGGCCAUUGGCCGGUCUGCAGAGACCAAGAUGAAGAAUGCGGAAGAACUGGGGUGGGAAGGGUUCUGGCAGACGAGUGGGGCGUCGCUAAAAGCAGCUGGCGUCUCUGUGCGGGACAGAAGGUAUAUCCUAUGGUGUAUGGAGAAAUUCCGUAGCGGAGAACAGGUUGAAGUCUUUGCACACGAGCCCCCGCCAAAGAAGAAAGUUCGGGGCUGGGGACCAACGGUCCAAAACGGCAAACGCAUACGCUCUCGUCGCGACCGAAACAACCCGCCAGAGCUGAAGGAAAAACUGACAGAAAAAGAGGCGAAGGAGAAAAAGGAGAAGAAAAAGGCGAAACGGGAAGCUUUCAGAUUGUGGCGAGAUGGAAUAAUAUAG